AUGUCCGCCCAAACCACCAGUGCACAGACAGAAGCACCAGCACCAUCCAGCUACACCACAUGGCAGCCACGAAGACCACGAACAUCCAGCACAGCCAGCGCAAGCUACAGCGAUAAUUCCGAAUCCGGCUUCUUCCCAAACCACUCCCCCAACAACACCUCCACCGCUACCACCACCCCCCUCGACCCAUCCUCAAUCUACCCAAACGGCCGAAAGUCCCUCUCAGGAAUCUCCCUCCGCGCAUUCGCUCUCGGCACAAGCUUAGGCCUAUCAACCAGCCUAACAAUCUAUCUCGCCUUCGCACCAGGAACAAGCACCUCACCAACCUGGCGCCUCCCAUUCUUCAUAACAACCCUAUCCCUCUUCCACUUCCUAGAAUUCUUCAUAACAGCCCACUACAACACCACAACAGCAACAGUCUCCUCAUUCCUCCUAACCUCCAACGGCUGGGCCUACAACGCCGCCCACGGCUCCGCACUCCUAGAAUGCGCACUGAGUUUAUGGCUCUGGCCUAAUUCGCCGACGCGCUCUUCCCCCGCUGGCCCGGUCUGCGUCGUGCUAGGCUUCAUCCUCGUUAUAUUAGGACAAAUUAUCCGAUCACUCGCAAUGGCACAUGCGGCCGCGAAUUUCAAUCACCAUGUUCAAUCUAGACAUAAAGAUGGUCAUGUACUCGUUACCAGUGGUGUCUAUGCGGUGUUGAGACAUCCGAGUUAUUUUGGGUUCUUUUGGUGGGGGUUGGGGACGCAGCUGGUUCUUGGGAAUGUGGUUUGUUUUGUGCUUUAUGGGGUUGUCUUGUGGAGGUUUUUUGCUUCUAGGAUUCGGACGGAGGAGUCGUUUCUUAUUAACUUCUUUGCUGAUGAUUAUGUUCAGUAUAAGAAGAAUACUCGGGUCGGGAUUCCUGGCAUUGCCUGA